AUGCACGCAGAUUUAGUUGGCCGCGCCUUAGAUAUAAAUGUCGACAUUAAUAUUGAAACAGUGACAAUCGCCCCUCCAAUUGCUACUGAAGCAAGCGGAGCAUCAACAUCUGGUGAAGUGUCCGGGCCAAGAUAUCGAGAAAAUACUCGUACGUACAAAGAUAAAAAUCUGCAACGAUUGGAACAAGUUCGCAAAAAACUUAAUAUUAUGUUUAUUGAGCCGGAUGAGACACUUUCAGAUAAAGGCCCUGAAAUGACAUCCUUUCAAAGUACUUCUGAGACUGUCACAGCUGGAAAUAACAUGGAGAUGAUUGGCCCAAUAAAUAACGAUCAACAGCAGCAAAAUUAUAGUCAAUCAUUGUUGGAUACAAUUUUCAGUGGCUCGUCAGGCCCCACAUUAGAAUUGACGGCGCAAACUAAAGCUAACAAAAGCAAGAAGAGUAACCACACUGCUGAUAACAUGCUUAGAGCAAUCGAACUAUAUAGGCUAAGACUGAGCAUCAGAAAGGCAGCUGAGGAGUGUAACGUAUGCCAUCCGAAACUACGUUAUUUAAAAAGAAAACAGUACUACGGAUUUACGAAACCAGCGACACCCAACUAUGAUGUCAACAAAAUAUUUACAGAUGACCAAGAAAAAGUACUGGAAGAACAUAUAAGGAAUUUGCAUCAAAAUUUUAUGGAUUAUCCACUAAAGAUGUCCACAGCCUUGCCUAAUAUCAAAUGGCAACUAUAUGUAAUAUAA